UCACGACCAGCUACUUCCGUGUGGUGUAUCAGUUUAGUACGUGUCCAGAUAUACAUGUCACUGUCACUGCGGGUCUGGAUGUAAACAGGUGCCAGGUUGGCGUUCACGCACCACCGCUGGAGUACAGGUCAUCUUGCCGUGACACUGGUAUCCCCUGGCUGUGACAACAUAGGUUGACAGGGUACCCUUGGCAGUUGACUCACUCGAGCUCCAUUCCUGAAGGAAGAUUCCUGAAAACGAGGCUAGGCCCUGGAGACAGCUAGCAGGAAACCAUGAAACAAGUAACAGCUGUCGUCAUUGGAGCAGGAAACAGGGGACACAAUUAUGCAGAAUUUGCUGAUGAAUUUCCGGAAAAACUGAAGGUUGUCGGAGUGGCAGAACCGAGGAGGUUUUAUAGGACGAAAAUGCAACAGACAUAUGGAAUACCAGACACGGCUGUCUUCUCAGACUGGAAGGAGUUGCUCAAAAUUCCCAAAAUGGCUGAUUUAGCGAUUAUUGCAACUCCUGAUCAAUUGCAUAAGGAACCUGCCGUUGCACUAGCUAAGAAUGGAUAUCACAUUCUGGUAGAGAAACCCAUGGCGACAACGGAGCAAGACUGUAUAGAGAUCGUGGAGACAUGUAAACAGGCCGGGGUCAUGCUAGCCGUGUGUCACGUGUUAAGAUACACGUUGACUGCCAGGAAAAUCAAAGAAAUCAUCGACAGCGGAGUGAUUGGAGAUGUCACACACCUGCAGCUCCUGGAACCAGUAGGGUUUUGGCACUUUGCCCAUUCGUAUGUCCGUGGAAACUGGAGAAAUGAACGCCAGAGCUCUUUCUCCUUAUUGGCUAAAUCCUGCCAUGAUCUUGACCUACUGAAUUUUUGGAUGCAUCCGGCAAAGGUCGCCAGGAUCUCAUCUAUGGGGAGUCUGAUCCAUUUUACCAAAGAAAAUAAGCCUCAGGGAGCAUCGUCAAGAUGCAUGGACUGCUCAGUAGAGAACUCGUGUCCGUAUUCGGCCAAGAAACUCUACCUAGACGAAAUGGUUAAACAGGGCAACACUCGCUGGCCAGUGUCUGUCAUCACUGAAGUCCCUGACAUAGAAAGUGUCACCGAGGCUUUGAAGACUGGACCGUAUGGGAGGUGUGUCUACGACUGUGACAACGAUGUUAUGUCCAACCAGGUUGUAAACUUCCAGUUUGAUGGGGGGCAGACCGCUUCGUUUACUAUGGUCGCAUUCACGGAGAAGAUUUGUGCCAGGCAGGUGCAAGUGUAUGGAAGCAAGGGAGAGCUUCGUUGUGACUUUGACAGCCAAGUCGUCCACCACUACGACUUUCUCAGCCAAAGCACCACCAGUCACAGCUGCGUUAACCCCAGCAAUGUCCGGCUGAGAGGCCACGGCGGCGCUGACCACAUGAUGAUGGUAUCCUUGGUGGACGCCAUUGCGACCAAUGAUCCGUCAAAGAUUCUCACCGGGUCAGAGGAAACACUGCUCAGUCAUAAACUGGUGUUUGCGGCAGAAAAGGCGAGAAAGGAAAAUCGAGUUGUAGAAUUCAGCGUUUGAUUCUGGCAUAUGCAAAUAAUAUUAAUGCAAAUCGGCCAUAUGAUAUGACGAAUCAUAUCCAAGCGAUUGUACGGUAAUGUGACGAACGGCAGACGAGUAUUAGGGCUUAAAAAUUGAUUUAGAAUAAAAAAUGUGCCAAUGUACUUUCACACUUACCAAGUCAGAUUUAAAUCAGUUCUAGUCAACAUACAUUUUUCCUGUAUAGUACACAGACAGCGGCAAUUUUGUUCCGUGAGAUUUGACAAUCAUUAGGAAGUAUCAAUACCCUAGAUUAUAACUGCUGAUUGUAACGAAUAAAGGUAUAGUCUCUUGAAAUAAUUACUAAGUACUAUUUUGACGUUUAUCCCACCAGAUGACGACAAACAAGAUUCAAUCAAAAUCGUUUUAAAUGAAAUGUUAAUAACGCGAAAGAUACUCUAGCUGUGAUGAAUUUGUAGUCAAGCAUUUGGUUGAUAAAUUUACAGUAUGUGAAGCUUUCAGAAUAUGGCUAUCUUUGGAAUUUACUCUGAACUAUUUUUCAAUAUACAAAUAAUUUACCUCUCAUAAUUGAAUGUCUCAGAGGCGAUCUGACGUACUCAUUGCGCUUACAAAAAUAAAAUAAAAUGAUUUAA